AUAGCGUUCUGCGAGCAUGCUGGCUGCGUACACGCUACAUUAUUUUAUUUUAGUACAUUCCGUGAUUCAGGGCAAGCCACACGUGCGUCCUUUAUACAACUGGCCACGGCCGCUGAAUGAGCAGCAAUAAUGAACUGUAACACGUGGUGAUAAGCAUUUUAGACUAUUGAUAACGCUUACAAAUUUUCUGUUACUCCAGAAUGUACUGACAUUAUUCUCAGUGGAAAAAAAUGUUCUUUUUUUAAAAAAUGGCAUUAAAUACUGUUUGGUAGUUUAAAAAAAGUAUUGUGUUUUUUUUGUUGUGAUUCAAUUCGUUUUAACAUGAAUAAAGAAAACGGCCAGUACGAAAAAGGUCAAGACGAUGGAGAAGUAUUUUUUGAGGAUGCAUUCGAAUCAGCUGGUCACGGCUUGUUCAAUCACGUGGUGUUGCUCACCAGCGGUCUGAUCCUGCUCAACGUGUCGAUGGAGUCGGUCGGGAUGAGUUACGUUGUCACGGCGGCGGAGUGCGACCUCGGCCUUACGAGUGAAUACAAGGGACUGGUCACUGCAGCUGCUUUUAUAGGUAUAAUCAGCACGUCGUUCCUAUGGGGCUAUCUGGGCGAUCGGCUGGGCAGACGCGCCGUCAUGCUGCCAGCCAUGAUCGCGUCAGGGUUCUUCUCCAUAGCGUCAUCGUUCUCCACAAACGUGUGGAUGCUGCUGAUCCUUAGGGUGCUCACUGGAUGCCUGGUGUCAGCAUCGAGUGCAACGGUUUAUGCGUACCUCGGAGAAAUGCAUACGAAUACUCGACGAGCGUCUGCCAUCGCGUGGGGGUCGGUCUUCAUAUCUUUCUCGUUCAUCACCUUACCAGGACUUGCGUGGUUGAUAAUUCCUGGUAAAUGGUCGUUCGCCUUCGGUGGCCUCACUGUGGUUCCCUGGCGCGCGUUCAUCUGGUCGUGGUGCGCGCCAGGAUUGGUGGCCGCCGCUCUCCUGCUGGUCCUGCCUGAAAGUCCACGCUACCUACUCUCCUCGAAGGGUCCUGACGCAGCGCUGCCUGUACUCGCCAAGAUGUACGCGUGGAACCAUAGAACUUCCAAUUAUAAUUACCCAGUGAGGAAAAUAGUGUCAAGCAGCAUAGAAGCCGAGAAGAGCUCAGGGUUUGCCGGAGCGAUCAAGAACAUCUCGUUACUGUUCAAGCCGCCGUUGCUGAGAUGCGUUGUCAUCUCACACGUCUCCAUGUUCGCCGUAUUCAUGCUAUCGAGUGGCUUAUACAUGUGGGUUCCCGAUAUUUUAAACAACAUAUUGAAGAAUACCAGUGAACAGAGCCUCACGAUAUGCACUAUCAUUCAGGAGAAAAUAAUAAAGCAAAGAAAUAUGACAUUACAGUCAGUGGAUAAAGCCUGCAGUUCUGAGGUGUCAGUAGGCGUGUUCCCUAUAUCCAUGGCGAUGGGGGCAGUCUUCGCUCUCACAUACUUGGCCAUUGGAGUAUUCAUCAACAAAAUCGGGAAAAAAACUUUAUACAGUGGUAUAAUGGUGAUAUGUGGGGCGACGACCGUGGCAGCAGCGUUUGUACCGCAAGGGGCGGCUGCUACGGCUCUACUGAUCAUAGCGCUGUGUUCGGGAUGUGCAGCUUCCAUACUAGCUGCCAUUAGUGUAGACGUAUUCCCCACGUGCUUGAGAGCAAUGGCCAUGUGCGUGAUGUACAUGGUAGGGCGGACAGGCGCGGCACUAGGCUCCUACCUUCUAGGGGCGACGCUCAACACUUACUGUCUAGCGGCAUUCAGCGUGUUCGGUGCUUUCACCGCUGGAACUACGCUCCUGAUGCUGUUCUGGCCGAAACCUCAAGAAGUGAGGGAGAAAUUGGAGGAACGAGGUCUCACUUACUGA